AUGUCAAAUUCGAGACUGGUAAGUCGAUUUGGUAGCUCUGCAUCUUGAGGGUUACAGCGAGAGAUCGUCAGUCUUCAUGUGGGCCAAGCCGGAUGUCAGAUCGGGAAUGCGUGCUGGGAAUUGUAUUGUUUGGAGCAUGGAAUCCAGCCUGAUGGUCGCAUGCCUUCGGAUGAAUCGGUGGGCGUUGAGGACAGCUCUUACAAUACUUUUUUCGCCGAGACCCAUUCCGGAAAGCAUGUCCCCAGAUGUGUUUUCGUUGAUCUGGAGCCGACCGUUGUUGGUGGGUCACAGGUUUAGCUUAGUAAGCGAAGAUUUAGAUGAGGUUCGGUCGGGAACAUACCGUAAUCUUUUCCAUCCAGAGCAACUAAUAACUGGAAAGGAAGAUGCUGCCAAUAACUAUGCUAGGGGGCAUUACACAAUUGGAAAGGAACUCAUUGAUGUAUGCGUGGAUCGGGUUAGAAGUAAGAAUUUACUUGUUAGUAUUAAAAAUGGCUUCAGAAACCGUAGAGGGAUGUCACAGUAUGCAGGGCUUCUUGAUCUUCCAUUCUUUUGGUGGAGGAACAGGCUCUGGAUUCUCUUCGUUGUUAAUGGAAAGACUUUCGGUCGACUACGGAAAGAAGAGCAAACUAGAAUUUAGCAUCUAUCCAGCACCUCAAGUAAGCACCAGUAAGUCAAAAGUUGGCGUGAAGUAAGUAUUAGGCGUCGUGGAGCCUUACAACUCUAUCCUCACUACACACACGACACUGGAGCAUUCGGAUUGCUCUUUUUUGGUCGACAACGAAGCCAUCUAUGAUAUCUGCAGAAGAGAUCUUAACAUUACGCGGUAAUAUAAAAUGUUUGUUGGAAACUGGUAUGUAAUCAAUUUUUCAGACCUACUUACACCAAUUUGAACAGAAUCAUCGCGCAAACCGUGUCUUCGAUCACUGCUUCCCUUCGUUUUGAUGGAGCCCUGAACGUGGAUUUGACGGAAUUCCAGACAAACCUGGUUCCAUAUCCAAGAAUACAUUUCCCCUUGGCCACUUACUCUCCUAUAAUUUCAGCGUAAGAGGUGACUGAUUUAAACGACGGUCUGUUUAGUGAGAAAGCCUUUCAUGAGAAUCUGAGUGUGAAUGAAAUUACAAACAGAUGCUUCGAACCCGGAGCACAAAUGGUAAAAUGCGACCCGAGGAAUGGGAAAUACAUGGCAUGCUGCCUUUUGUAUCGCGGCAAUGUAAUUCCCAAAGAAGUGAAUACAGCUAUUGCUGCCAUCAAAACAAAACGGUCCAUCCAAUUUGUGGAUUGGUGUCCGACUGGAUUCAAAGUUGGUAUUAAUUAUCAGCCACCAACAGUUGUGCCCGGAGGGGAUCUGGCUAAGGUGCAGAGAGCUGUUUGCAUGCUUUCAAAUACUACAGCAAUAGCUGAAGCAUGGGCGCGACUCGACCACAAAUUUGACUUGAUGUAUGCUAAGAGGGCCUUCGUACAUUGGUAUGUGGGAGAAGGGAUGGAAGAAGGUGAAUUCUCCGAGGCCAGAGAAGACAUGGCUGCAUUGGAACGGGAUUACGAAGAGGUCGGGCUAGAUACUGCUGACAAUGAUGAGGAAGAUUAUUAA